AUGGCUCCCAAAUCAGCCAAGAAGUUUCAGACACCUCAGCCAACCAAGAAAGCAAAGAAAUCGGCUAAGAAAACACCAAAAUCUGCACCUGCGGUAUCUAAAAAAUCAAAAUUGAUUGAAGUGAAACCAUUUGAUGAUAGCGAUGAUGAAUCUCUGGAGCAAAAUGGAAUAGGGGCAGUUGAUAUGGACUUUGAGGGAGAUUCAUCUAAUGAUGAGGGAGAGAGUAGUGGUGAUGAGGGAGAUGCAAUAGACUCUGACAUGCUGGCAUCAGAUGAAGACAGUGAUAUGGAAGAAUUUAUUACUCCACCUACUAAAAAAGUAAAGACCAAAGGGGACAAAAAGAUUAAGCAGACACCACAAAAAGAUGAAAUGGAAGUAAAAUCUAAAAAGGAAAAAAAACAAAAAACACCAAAGGCUGCAAAAACCCCUAAAAAAGAUGCAGAAACUCCAAAAGUAGAAAAAUCUGUAAAGAAGAAAGAAAAGAACUCUAAACAGAAUUCAUCUCAAGAGAUGGAUGAGUCCCAAGACUCUGGAGUUGGUUCACAAGAUGCUCUUAAACAAGAUAAUGUCAGACAAGCGGACCAAGAAAAAAAGAUGUUAUUUCUGAAAUCUUUACCUCGUCACACUACAGAAGAAGAUGUCAGACAGCUCAUCAAGGACCCUGUUGUUAUUCGUGUCAAGUGGGGUGGGCGUGGCAAAGAACAUCAACAAUUUGUAAGAUGGGUUCACCUUGAGUUCAAAUCUGAAGCAAUGGCUGACAAACACCAUAACCUCCUGAAGGGAAAACUGUUGAAAGGGAAGCCGCUCCUUGUAGAUUAUGUCGGCUCUAAAAGUGAGAAACCAAAAAUGCCACAACAAUCUACUAACAAGUCUCAAGCUCAGGAAAAAAGUAAGGAACUAGAUUUGACGCGUCUCUACAUUAGUGGUUUUGGCCAAAAUUGCUCAGCAGAAGAUAUAAAACAGAACUUUAAAAAAGCAGUCGCUGUUAAUUUCCCGUUAGCCAAAAAGUCAUCUCUGCCAAAAGGCUACGCAUUCGUACAGUUUAAUGAUGAGUCUAGUGCCAAAGCUGCACAUGAGGAAAUGCAGGGCAAGAAACUUAAAAAUGGUGUUCUUCUGAUAAAAUAUGCCUUCAAACGACCUGACCUUGACACAAAACCAACUGCGACAAAAGGGGAGAAGAGAAAGAAAGAGAAAGUCGAGGAAGAGCCUGUAGAAAAGAAGCCUAAAAAACAGAAAAAGAAGAAAGUUAAGAAAACUAAAAAGAACAUUAAAGCAGAAAGUGAUGAAGAAUCUGAUGAUUAAAUUUGAUAUAAAUAAACAAUGUUGAACAGAAGAUGGAUAGAAUGUCUGAUGAAAACAAUGUUUUUAUUAUUUAAAGGGAUCAUUAUUUUAGUUCAUCAUGGGACCAAUGGCAGCAUGUUUACAGUACAUUUACAAUAUGUAGCUAGGAUACUCUUAUUUCAUUGGACAUUAUGUAUUGUUUAAUAUAUGUUAUUAAACAACUUGAAAUGUAUUGUAUGUUUUUUUAGUAUUCUUGUUGUACAGUGUAUUAUAUUUUACAUAUAUAGACACCAGCUUGAAAGAAAGAUGGCAGUAAAUGUCCAAGCUGUAGACU